ACGCGGCUGGGGGAGAGCUGGUCCUAAGGGCACGCGCGGUUCGCGGCAGCUAGAGCUCCACGAGCCUCAGGCAGCACCGGGGGUGGCGCGGGGUGUCUGCCGGGCUGGAAGGGAGGUUGUGCGGGAAGGAAGCGGCGGCAGCUGAGCUACUCGAGCCGCUGGCAGGCCGAGGGUGACCCCGGGACGAGGCCUAGCCAGGAGAUGCGCCAACUUCCCCGAGCCGCUGCCACCCCUAGGGGUCCGGGCCGCCGUCCGUCCCGAGGUCUUGACAAUUCUCGGCGAUGACACCUGCUCAGAACAGCCUCCCGCCUCCGCAGGCCUGGUCCCAUCCAGGAAUCCGAGCCAAAGCAGGGAGACCUCGCCCCUCCUGCCCGAAGAUUAUUUCUUUCUGGGACGCACUCAGAGCCUCCGAGGCUGUCGGGUAGGAAGCUCUCCUCGCAGCGUUGGUCCGCCCUUCUUCUUCUCUGAGACCGCUAGGAGGUGCUAGGAAGACAUUGAAGAAAAAAAGAAACACAACCUCCCCCCCUCCCCCCCCCCAACGAACAACCACGUUCUCCUUCUGUGCUCUGUGGAGCCUCAGUAACUUCUCGAAGGAUAGUCGGCUACCUGAGAACCGUGACUGCUGUAGAGGGCAGCCUAUCCCCCUCUCAGUCCGUCCUUUUUUGGGCCAGAGCCCUCUGUCACUUCAGAACCUGGACAGCGAUGACGUUUGCCGAGGAUGAGACCUUCAAGUAUAUCCGCAAACAUUACAGCAAUUUUGGUCGUAUUCAUGUUCCGGAGAUUCUGCCUUAUCUGUCCUGCCUCACAAUAAGUGACCAGGACCGACUGCGGGCCCACUGCCAGCUCUGGGGGAACCAGGGCACCCUCUGGGAGCUCUUCGACAGUCUUCGGCGGCGGACUGGCUGGGUGGAAUCCUUCAUCAAGGCUCUGAGGAUCUGUGAGCUGACUGCGCUUGCUAACGAAGUGGCCUCUGUCUACCAGAGCAACCUGCUCGGGGUCCCAAAGAACCACCCCGCAGCCUCACUCGAGCCACAGUUAGCUCCUGCUCAGGUGCCGGGGCCCCCCAUACCUGCCGUGGCCCCCAGCGCCCCCCACAACGGCUACAGAGAGGAGGAGCCAAGUUUCCCCAUGCCUGUCCAGGAAACUCAGCCACCAGAGUCCCUGGGAGAGAGUUCAAAGAAAGUCCCGCAGACACCCAGUUCUGGGGCUGUCCUGAGGAGGCCAGCUGGCCCCCCGGAGCCCUCCUCUGACAUGGCAGCCCUCAGCCCUCUGACCUCCAUUGGGCAUCAGGAGGAGGACGCAGAACCGGGCAGGGCCCGCACGGCAGGUGUGGCCUCCAGCCCCACGUCACCCUAUGGGCCCGUGUCUCCGACGGUCUCCUUCCAGCCACUGAGCCGUUCCAUUCCCAGGGCCAGCCGCUUGCCAGUAUCAGCCCCACCCACUGGCACCUCCUUGUCUUCCCCUGGCUUGGCCUCUGCAGGGGGUGCUGGUGACCACGGGGAGGCUACCAUCUGCACUGGGGCUGGGGUGUCCACCAGCUCAUUGACCACCAGCACAGCACCCUCCAAAGUGCCUGCCAACUCAGCAUGUGAUAGAACGAUGCCUUCCAAGCUGCCCACCAGCUCGAAACCCUCUGGUACAAUGUCUACUAACGUGCUCACCAGUCUGCCACCAUCCAAACUGCCUAUCAACUCCACACGUGCUGGCACAGUGGCACCCAACGUGCCUACUGGCUUGGUGCCUGACCACAGGAUGUCCACAAGCACAGCGCCCACCAAGGUGGCUGCCAACACAGUGUCCCCCGUCGAGAGCAGCAUAUCCGCAGAGGAGACUCCUCCAGUGGCUCCAGAGCCCACAGGCACCUCCACCGGAGACAGCUUACCCGGGCCAGACCACAGCUCUGCCACCUGGGGCUGCGAGUCGGAGCUGAGCAAGCCCGGCCGGCUGGUCUCCCACAUAGACAGCGAGCCGUUCUCAGGCUGCUCUGCAGACCUGGCCCUCAGCUGCAGCAAGUCCUUGGGCACAGGGCCCGACAACGCCCCGGAGGAGAAUGAGUACCAGUCAAUGGAUUCCAUCAGGAUCCAAGUGGCCCAGGAUCCCAGCGUCGACCUGAUGGAGGGUGGUCUCAGGCCUCCUGCUGCCCCGCAGCCCCCGGGCAGGGAGGAGGUUGUCCCAGUCGGUUCCAUUGCUCCAUUGCUUGGGGCAGCUGCGGCCGGGGUUCUCUUGGCCACGCUCUUUGCCGUGCUGUAUAGGCGGCGCGUGUGAAGCCCCUCGGGCCUCCCUCUCCUGAGUCUGCUCCCUUCCCUGCGGGGCAUCUAGCCCAGGCGUGGACUGUGCUGUCUCCCUGUCUUGUCCCUUUCAUGGGGCUCGUGGAGCCUGGGUCUGAGGAGUGCCAGGGGGCUGGGUGCAGCCCAGAUUUCUGUCCCAGCCCAUGCCCUCCCCAUGCACUCCAGACCUCACUCACCCUGCAAUCUGGGCUGCGGCCUUUAUUCUCUGGAGGAGGUGAGGUACCUCCAUCCAGACUCUAUCCCUGUUUGCUCAAGUCCACAGAUCAGGUGGUGCUGCUAGAUCAUGCAGGGGGUCAGAAACACCCCCCAUUCUGCCCUGUGCCUGGCAGCCAGCAGAUGUGCAGGGUGGGGGACCCCCCAGGACCUUGCUCGAGACCCUAAAAGCCUCAGGAACGUCAGCACAAUCCAUCUCCAGGGAUCCGGCUGCUUGAGGUCCCCCAAGAAGUGGGGGACGUUCAGAGGUUCCCCUGGACCCCUGGGGAACCUAAGGCAGCUGCUAGGCCUGAGGACUGUCUCUGAAGCCCCUCUCCAGCCUUCUCACCCCCGUCUUCCCUUUCCCUCCCUCUGGUCUCCAUGGUCUUUAGCUUGGUGGUGGUGGGGAAGGGGGUUUGGGGAGGAGACGCCUGCCAGGGUGAGCUCAGGCCAAGGUUUGGAUUUCAGCUCCACCCCUUCCUGUGCUGUGUGGCCUUAACAGGAUGAUCAGACUUCUCUGGUUUUGCUUCCCCACAUGGCCAGUGAGUAUCAUGGCUCAUUUCCACUGAGCUCUUCUGAGAUUGAAGCACGCAAGUUGUUUGUCAAGUGCCUGCCUUCCGCCAGAGUAGGUGACUGCUGAUAGCUUCCCGUACCUCUCCCCUGCUCAGCCCGGGAGACAUGAGGGUGUAAGAGGCAGAAUGGCUGGUGGGUAAGGGUGCAACUCUGUAGUGUGGGAUGGCCUGGGCCUGCACCCACUUGAAAUUUCACUCUGUGCUCUGUCACUGUGCUCUCUAUUAACUUCUCUGUGCCUCAGUUUCCUCAGCUGUCAAACGAGGAUGAAUAGUAAAAUUUUAUAUGUA